AUGGAAGAUCAGCGUAGACGGACGACGGCGCCGCGCGCUAAGAAGCCAUCGACGAAGCGCGCCCCGACGCAGCUCAGCGGGACCGGGGCCACCCUGUCCCACGCGGGAAGCUGCGGCCCGCAAAGGGGGGCGCGAUCGCGGCGGGCGGAGCGUGACGGGGACACCACGGAGAAGCCACGGGCCCCAGUGCCCCGAUCGCGUCCCGGAAGUGCCACUGUGCGCACCAAAAAUGCACAGCCCUCAGCCACGGACGCGGCCGGAGCUUCCGAGCCGCCCGCCGUCCCGGAGCCCCAGCCGCCCGAGGACCCCGAGGCGCCGAACGUCGCAAGAGGACUUAGCCACAGAAGGGGCGCGCGUUCCACCGGGCAGCCCAUAGCGCCUCGACGGCUAAAUAAAGUGCUGGACAAAUUGAAAUUGAAACGCAAAGACAUCUCAGAGGCCGCCGAGACGGUGAAUAAGGUUGUGGAUCGCCUACUACGCCGAAUGAAGAACCGGGAGUCGGAGUUCAAAGGCGUGGAGCAGCUGAACACUGGCAGCUACUAUGAGCAUGUGAAGAUUUCUGCUCCUAAUGAAUUUGAUGUUAUGUUUAAACUGGAAGUUCCCAGAAUUGAGCUACAAGAAUAUCAUGAAACGGGUGCUUUCUAUCUUGUGAAGUUCAAAAGAAUUCCACGAGGAAAUCCGCUGAGUCAUUUUUUAGAAGGGGAAGUAUUAUCAGCUACCAAGAUGCUGUCAAAGUUUAGGGAAAUCAUUAAAGAGGAAGUUAACGAAAUCAAAGAUAUAGAUGUCAGCGUGGAGGAGGAGAAACCAGGAAGUCCUGCUGUAACCCUUCUCAUCAGGAACCCUGAAGAGAUAUCUGUGGAUAUAAUUCUGGCUUUGGAAUCAAAAGGCAGCUGGCCUAUUAGUACCAAAGAAGGAUUACCUAUUCAAGGCUGGCUCGGAAGGAAAGUGAGGACCAAGCUAAGAAGAGAGCCAUUUUAUCUUGUACCCAAGAACGCAAAAGAUGGAAAUGUUUUUCAAGGAGAGACAUGGCGCCUCUCUUUCUCUCACACUGAAAAAUUCAUUUUGAAUAAUCACGGGAUAGGAAAAACAUGUUGUGAAUCUUCCGGAGCAAAAUGUUGCAGGAAAGAAUGUUUAAAAUUAAUGAAAUACCUUUUGGAACAGUUGAAAAAAGAGUUUCAAGAGCUGGAUGCAUUCUGUUCUUACCAUGUGAAAACUGCCAUCCUUCACAUGUGGACGCAGAACCCACAGGACUGUCAGUGGGACCUCAAGAACCUAAACUCCUGCUUUGAUGAGUUUUUGACAUUCUUUCUUGAGUGCCUCAGGACAGAGGAACUGGUUCAUUAUUUUAUUCCAAAAUUCAAUCUAUUCUCUCAAGAACUAAUUGACCAAAAGAGUAAAGAAUUUCUGUCAGAGAAAAUCGAAUAUGAAAGAAACAAUGAAUUUCCAAUUUUUGACAAGGUUUGAAACUAUGUAUCUGUGUUAUAAGUUAUAAUGUGUUCCUGUGGGUGUUUAGGUCAGAGGUUGAUGUCUUUUUCAAUCAUACUCCACUUGUG